AUGCGCUUCUGGAUACCAACGCCUGGACCUCCUAUGGCUACGGGGGCACAGACGAGGGCUUCCCGGGCACCUCGGGGCCUAGCUCCGCCAGCAGCGGGGAGUACAGCUCCAUCGGGGUCUCGGAGUGCACCUCCAAGGACACCCAGGCAGGAAAGAGCAGCAACUUCUACAUCUAUGAGACUACGCCUCCUCCACGGUGCCACACACCUGCGAGCGCUCGGUGGGGACUUUGGGCAGCGGCGCCCAGUGCCAGCACGACUCGGGGGUGGAGGCACGCCUGGGGUUCCUCAUGUACUCCAAGCAAAGCCGCGCCAGCAGGUGGUCUUCCAGCGCGACCAGCAACGCGGAGAACUUUGUGUGCGCCCGUUUCGCGGGCCUGGAGAGUGGCAGUACUUGGAGGGCGCCACCUGGACCAAGUUCAUCCCGUUCCCCACGGACGUCCUGGUGGCGCGGAUCGAGUUCGACAACAACACCAUCACCUCCCUGAAAGGUGAGGACGAGGAGUUCUUCACGGUCAAGAAGGGCUUCGUGGACGGCGACCUGGAGUUUACCUUGGGCUCCUCCGUGGUGACCGUGGUGGGCACCUCCUUCGUGGCGCGCUGCGGGGAGGACCUUUGGUGCGGCAGCGGGGUGCGGCCCUCCGGCACCGAUGGCUCCAGGUACUGCUGCGCUUCCUCCUGCGGCACCUGCGGAGGAACCAGCUGUUCCUCCAACGGGGCGCUGGAUAUCUGCUGCUUGGAGACCCUGCUGGCGGCGGGCCGGGUGUGUCGGGACCACUCGGACGUGUCCUGCCUCCUCCCAGAAGCGUCUCCUUUCUGCGGCGGCAACCUGCAACUGAACAACUUCGAGUCCGCAGACGCCAUGAGCAAAGCGGGCUGGACCAUCGACACAGCCAGCGACUCCAACCUCUUCACGGCGGACGCCUCGUACAUUGGGUACCGGGGCUGGGCGGCCUCGGCGGGGGGCAUCAGCUUGGCGCUGAAGGGCUAUGGGACCUUGGACCUGGUCUUCGGGAACGGGAACUCGGCUUCGGGCACCGACAACGUGGUGGAGGUGCUGUUGGACAGCGUUUCGGUGGCCACGGCCAGCAACUCGGAGUCCGAGAAGACGGUGAGCAUCGACUUUACGGACGGCAACACGCUGCAGAUCAACGACAAGGGGGAUGCCAUCAUCUUGGUGAAGGGCCUAGCCUUCAAGUGCCUUAUGCAGGAGCUUCUGGCCCAGGGUGGCCAUCAAGUCGGGGGAGUUCGGAGCCCCCAGCGAGUACGUGUCCUGGCCCGCGGAGACCUGCUACCACGAGUAUGA